AAAGAUACAACUACAAACGUGAAUGAACAAUGAGAAAAAAGUUGAAGAAGUAAAGUGCUAGAAAGCUGGCUGAGUUGCUGAACUCAAACAAGCAGUUAAUUUUCAUCAACAACCCAAAAUUCUCAAUGCAAAUCACUUGUUUAUCAUCUUCCUAGCUUCAAUGGGUUCAUUUUCUCUCUUUCUUGUGGUUGUACUUUCUUUGUUCACUUCCUAUGCUGUUUGCCAAUUUGAAGAGUUUAUCAGCAUUGAUUGUGGAGGAACUAGUAACUACACUGAUCCAAGCACAGGGCUUGCAUGGAUUUCAGACUCUGGUUUCAUGGAAAAUGGAAAAUCUGUGGAAGUUGAAAACCCUAAUGGGAACAAGGUUCAGUAUCAGAAACGCAGAGACUUUCCUAUAGACAGCAGGAAACACUGUUACACGCUGAACACUGAGGAGAGAAGAAGGUACCUUGUGAGAGCAACAUUUCAGUAUGGAAGCUUGGAAAAUGGAGACACAUACCCGCAGUUUCAGCUCUACUUGGAUGCAACCAAAUGGGCUACUGUGUCAAUAUAUGAAGCCUCAAGAAUUUAUGUGAAGGAAAUGAUCUUCAGGGCACCCUCUGAUUCUAUUGAUGUUUGCUUAUGCUGUGCUACAACUGGUUCUCCCUUCAUGUCUACCCUUGAGCUUCGACCGUUGAAUCUUUCUAUGUAUGCCACGGAUUUUGAGGACAAUUUCUUCUUGAAAGUAGCUGCUAGGAUUAACUUUGGUGCUCCAAGCGAGGAUGCAGUCAGGUAUCCAGAUGACCCAUAUGAUAGAAUUUGGGAUUCUGAUCUUAUUAGAAGACAAAAUUAUCUUGUUGGGGUGGCUACAGGCACAGAAAGAAUUAACACAACCAAUAACAUACAAGUAGGGACAAGAGAAUACCCACCUGUUAAAGUGAUGCAAACCGCGGUUGUUGGCACAGAAGGAGUACUUAGUUAUAGACUAAACCUUGAAGACUUCCCUGGCGAUGCUAGAGCUUAUGCAUAUUUUGCGGAAAUUGAAAAUCUGGGUAAGAAUGAGACUAGAAAAUUCAAAUUGGAGCAACCUUUUAUAGCUGACUAUAGCAAUGCAGUAGUGAAUAUUGCUGAGAAUGCCAAUGGGAGCUACACUCUUUAUGAGCCAAGUUACAUGAAUGUGAGUCUGCAAUUUGUUCUCUCAUUCUCCUUUCGUAGGACCCGGGAUUCUUCUCGAGGACCUCUUCUAAAUGCAUUGGAAAUUAGCAAAUACGUACAAAUCGCUCCAAAGACCGACAGGCAAGAUUCAAAUGUUGUUAAUGCAAUUGGCUCCUUGUCUUCUGACAUUGUCCUGGAGAGAAAAGGGGAUCCAUGUGUUCCAACUCCCUGGGAGUGGGUAAACUGUAGUACCAAUACACCUCCAAGAAUUACCAAGAUAAACCUAUCAAGAAGGAAUGUGAAGGGUGAAAUCCCGAAUGAGCUCAAAAACAUGGAAGCAUUGACAGAAUUGUGGUUAGAUGGCAACUUGCUUACAGGACAACUACCUGACAUGAGCAAUCUUAUCAAUCUAAAGAUUGUGCAUCUAGAGAACAAUAAAUUGACUGGUCCACUACCAUCUUACUUGGGUAGUUUGCCGAGUUUACAAGCACUGUUCAUACAGAAUAACUCAUUUAAUGGGGAAAUUCCAGCAGGAUUAUUAUCUGCAAAAAUCAUUUUCAACUAUGAUAAUAAUCCUGGACUACAUAGAGGGAACAAAAAGCAUUUUAAGUUGAUGCUAGCAAUUUCUAUUGGAGUGCUAGUGAUUCUAUUAAUACUAUUCUUAGCAAGUUUAGUGCUCUUGUGUAAUCUGCGGAGAAAGACAUCUCAACAGAAACGUGAUGAAAAUGGGAUUUCAGGAUCUAAACCUUUAACUGGAUCUUCAUUUCUGCGAGGUGGGAGUUUAAUGGAUGAAGGUACUGCAUACUAUAUUGCGCUCUCAGAAUUGAAAGAAGCUACUAAUGAUUUUUCGAAGAAGAUUGGCAAAGGAAGCUUUGGAUCUGUUUAUUAUGGGAAAAUGAGAGAUGGAAAAGAGAUAGCAGUUAAGACUAUGACUGAUCCGUCCAGCCAUGGGAACCAGCAAUUUGUGAAUGAGGUAGCCCUCCUAUCAAGAAUUCAUCACCGAAACUUGGUUCCUCUGAUUGGAUAUUGUGAAGAAGAAUAUCAGCAUAUUCUGGUUUAUGAGUAUAUGCACAAUGGCACUUUACGGGACCACAUUCAUGAUUGUUCGACUGAGAUGAAAUUAGACUGGUUAGCUCGGCUUCGAAUUGCAGAAGAUGCAGCUAAAGGCCUUGAAUACUUGCACACAGGAUGCAAUCCUAGUAUCAUUCACCGAGAUGUAAAGACGAGCAAUAUUCUCCUGGACAUCAAUAUGAGAGCAAAGGUGUCAGAUUUUGGACUCUCAAGACUAGCUGAAGAAGAUUUAACUCAUAUAUCAAGUGUUGCGAGGGGAACUGUAGGCUACCUGGAUCCUGAGUACUAUGCAAAUCAGCAAUUGACUGAAAAGAGUGAUGUGUACAGUUUUGGAGUUGUUCUUCUGGAACUGAUAUCUGGAAGAAAGCCUGUAUCCAUUGAAGAUUAUGGUCCUGAAAUGAAUAUUGUUCACUGGGCAAGAUCUUUAAUUCGUAAAGGAGAUGUGAUAAGCAUCAUGGAUCCUUCCCUAGUUUCCCAUGUAAAAACAGAGUCAAUUUGGAGGGUUGCUGAAAUUGCCAUGCAAUGUGUAGAACAACAUGGUGCCUCCAGGCCAAGGAUGCAAGAAGUCAUUUUGGCUAUACAGGAUGCUUCUAAGAUUGAAAAAGGGACAGAAAAUCAGCUCAAAUUAUCAUCUUCAGGCAGUUCAAAACCCCAAUCUUCAAGGAAAACUUUACUUACAAGCUUUCUUGAGAUUGAGAGCCCUGACUUGUCAAAUAGUUGCCUCCCAUCAGCUAGAUAAUCUUUUUCUUUUUCUUUUUUAUUUUUAUAUCAUGGUACCUACCUGCCUAAUAUAACACCUUUUGUGGGUGGGUUUUGUAAAUUACUUAUCAGUAUUUCCUUUUUCCUUCUUGUCCAUCGUUAUACUACUGAACAGUAAUAUAUUUAUACCACUAUGGAACUUGAAUGAAAAGUAUUCCACUAUUAUUAUUA